GAGCCAAUAAAUGUGGGGUUUAUAAGCCAAGUUGCUACCAACUUUGGUUCUUAGUUCACUUUCAAUUAGACAGCAAUUUGAAAUCAUGUUGGCAUUUUUAUUGGUCCUAUUAGUCCUUGCUUCCCAAGUAAAAGCUGUGCCAGCUGGAAAGGAUUCAUCUUCUAAGGAUGCAAAAUUACCUGUGAUUUCGAAACCACCGGUGCAGCAACAGCUGAAUCCUCUCAACCAGGAUGAGGUUACCAUGUUCACCAAUAUGUUCCUUGGUUUGUUCCGAGGAGUAGCCGACUAUCGAAAUAUGGUUGCCGCCGAUUCGGUUCAGAGUGUUUGGCAAAGUCCGCCGGUUGUGGAUUUCAGUCACCGACUUUUUGCCAACUAGACUUAUUGUUAUUCAAUACGAAACUGUUUCUUCUAAAACCAACUAAAAUAACAUUGCUGAUGAAAGUACUGUGUAUUUAAUUUUUGCCUGGAUUGGUAUAUAAACGUUAUUUCUACUUUAGAGCCUUCAGUUAGCAACCCGACAUGAAUUUAAGUGCACUAAUAAUAAUCGUUGUCCAUAUGUUUUUUGGUUUAAACAUCGCUUUGCCAAAUCUUCACGAACUUUAUGGCAUGGAGGAGUUUUGGCCACUUAGUUUGGGUAAUGCCACCGAUGUGCUGCCUAUAUCCAAAAAUUUAACUCAAAGGGAACGUCUGCACUGGGCCGACAAAUGUGUGCAGUUUAGGAGUAGGUGCACGAUGGCAGAGCACUGCUGCAGUAUGAAAUGCUUGAAACGUGUUUAUCGCUGCGUUACUUAAACUCCACAACAGGAGUUUUACAAAUAAGUUAAAAUAAAUAAAACAUAUAUUUCAUAAUUAAAAU